AUGAGCCUCCACAGCCUUCCCCUCGCCUACAAUGGGCACCGCCUCCACGACGGGACUCUUCUUCCUCGCCAAUGCAGCCUGCUCAGCCCUCACGCUCUCCAAAAUGUCCGGAUACCAAAUCUCACCCACAUCCUGAUGGCUCUUGACCCGGUUCCUCAACGUCGCCUCCCCCAACGUCUUGGCCACCCCUCCCUUCCUAAACGUAAACUCAACAUCAUCCAACCUUCCCCCAUUCUCCUCCAGCACCCUCCUCCUCAGUUCCUUAAUCUCCUCCUUCACCUGUCCCACCCCCACAUUCUCCAAAUCCUCAAACUCUGCGUCCCCGCUCACGCCCUGAAAGAAAGGAAUGCUAUACCUCGCCCCUUUGCCCGCCUCCGGAGACAAGACCCUCCAGGGCCGUCAAAGUACUUGUUGAAUGCGCCGGGAGGGAGGUCGAUGGCCUCGGCGAUGAGGGAGGUGAAGGAAAUGGAUAUCUCCCCCAUGCGGUUCAUGUACUCGGUGAAUGUCUCCCGGAAGUUGGGCAAGAUGGAUGAAGAGGGCCACUGGUUAGGCGCGAGGAGGUUGUCGUAUAAGGGGGCGUCGGGGCCGGGGAGGGGGUGCUCAGUAGACAAGUCGAUUUGCUCGCGGUGGUCGAUCCCACCGGCGGUGAUCUCGGCAGAGAGACGGGAGUAG